AGUAAUUAACGCCAGAUCCCGGGUAACCAAGAGCGGCGAGUGCUAUGGAGAACUUCACAGCCCUGUUCGGAGCUCAAACUGACCCCCCACCGCCACCAAGCGCACUAGGGUUCGGGCCUGGAAAGCCUCCGCCGCCACCCCCUCCUCCUCCGGGAGGUGGUCCAGGCACGGCUCCACCUUCGACCGCGACCUCGGCCCCCGUGGGAGCGGAUAAGUCCACGGCUGGAAGCGGUCCCUUCUACCUUAUGCGGGAAUUGCCAGGCAGCACAGAGCUGACGGGCAGCACCAAUUUAAUCACACACUACAACCUGGAACAGGCCUAUAAUAAGUUCUGUGGGAAGAAAGUGAAGGAGAAGCUAAGUAACUUCCUGCCUGACCUCCCUGGGAUGAUUGAUCUUCCUGGCUCCCAUGACAACAGCAGCCUCCGCUCCCUCAUUGAGAAACCUCCUAUUCUUGGUGGCUCUUUUAAUCCGAUCACAGGGACCAUGCUGUCUGGUUUCCGCCUCCAUACUGGCCCGUUGCCAGAGCAGUGUCGUCUGAUGCAUAUUCAGCCUCCCAAGAAGAAGAAUAAGCAUAAGCACAAACAGAGCCGUACCCAGGAUCCUGUUCCCCCAGAAACACCAUCUGAUUCAGAUCACAAGAAGAAGAAAAAGAAAAAAGAGGAGGAUCCUGAACGAAAAAGGAAGAAAAAAGAAAAGAAGAAGAAGAAGAACCGACAUAGUCCAGACCACCCGGGUAUGGGCAGCUCUCAAGCCAGCAGCAGCAGCAGCCUCCGCUAAUAGGACUACUGGACUUUGCCAAGGAUGACUUUCCUGUGAUACUGAACCUGCUGAUAAAAACUGUCUUCUGGGCACUUGGACCCUGUUGUGGGGUCAUCCAGCGGCUGGACAGGGGCCAGCCCCUGCUGUGCAUGUGACUAAUACACUUUAGAGAAGGGCCAUGCUUUUUAUGGUUUAGACCAAUUGGUGUUUCCAUGGACGUCCUUUUUUACAAGAAGCUGUUUUUCUUUUUUUUCCCCCUCUCCUUUAUGCAAUUUGAUUCCAGGACUUCGGUUUUUUGUUUUGCUUUUAAAGUGCGUUUAACAGACUAGCAUAGCUGCCUUUUAAGAGACAAGUGCCAUUCUAUUUGAAUCAAAGUUUAGGACAAGGGACUAAGAUAAGAUGCAAGAGAUUCUGGAUCUUGCCAUCACAUGAUUUCUUCUUUAGCAGGCUAGAAAAUCAAAAUGAGACUAGAGAACAUGGUGUGAAAGCAAGUUUGCUAGUAUUUUCCCACCAUAGACACAAAAUUACUUUGCUGAUUAUGCUCAGAGCAAAGUGCCUGGAUGAUCUUCAUCUUCCAUCAGGAAAGCUGGCCCAAAUAAGGUUUAUACCUGUGUUUAUAUACCACAGUGAACUGGUGAUCCACAGCCACCAGUAUAUUUCAGCAGGAAAGACCAACUAGUAUUUGUCUCAUCGUGCUCCUACCGUUCUCUGGUGCCUGUCCCCUAAGACGUAUGUAUACUAGGCAAGUUUAUCUUUUCCUUUCCCUCCCUUUUUUUCCCUACAUGCUUUUUAAAUGAACCUCUCACAAGAAGUUUAAUAUUGGAUUUGGUUGUUUUGAAAAAGUUUAGGGUUUUUUUUUUUUUUUUUUUUUUUUUUUUUUUUUUUUUUGAGACAUCACACUAUGCAACCCUGGAUUGCUAUGACGGCUAGGCUGGCUGGAGACCCAUCUGCAGUUCCCACCAAGUUCUGGGAUCAAAGGCAUGCACCACCAUGCUUCGCUGUUUUUACUUUCUAAAGAGGAAAUUAAGGAGGAGUAACACAAGAAAUUUCAACAAACCAGAUGCUUUUGUUAUGAAAAGCCAGGUUUUUCUCACCCAGCCAGGCAUUUAAUUUGAUAGCCAGAAUAAAAACAGGACCAGAGAAUGAGGUUUUCCUUUUGACUCCAUAAGACCAUUCUGCCUUAACCAGACAAAACACAAGUCAGGGGGAACUGGUUAGAUCAGGAUUUAUUUUAUUCUUUGUUGGUUUAAAAUGGCUAAUCAGAAUAAAAAAAUUAAAGGGUCUCUGUAUAGAGGCUGGAGUCUUCCCUGUUUAAGGUUAGAACCCAGCUACCCCUCUACCCAGCACCAUAUUGAGGUGGGCUAAGGGGUAAACCCCAAGGGACAAUCGGAGGGGCCUAGGCCUGCCACUCCUUCUCUCUAUCCCAUUUUUGGCAUAUGAUGAAAAAUAUUGCUUUUUUGGAUUCUUCUCUCCUGGCCUUGGAUUUUAAGAUUUUCCUGUAAAUUCUAGGGAAGCAUUGAAGGGGCUCACCACAAUCCCUGUCUUCCAAGAAUGGAGGGCAGGGCUGCCUGGUGUUUCUUAAAUUUGGCCAAGCUCUCUUCCUGAUCUCCCACCACCAUCAUGGAACUGUGACCCCUUUCCUGGGGAAAUUAGAUGUGAAGGAGUUUAAAAACUCUCCAAGUUCUUUUAUCUGACAGAAUCCCAGAUGUACCCAGGUUUCUUUCCUAAUCACUGAGCACCAGCAGGUGCUACUUCUUCAGUCGGUAACUGGGACAAAAGAGGGAACCAUGGAGAAAAGGAAGACUUUAAUGUCUCUCUUUUCCUGCUGGUCU